AUGGACCUCUUGUGCUUGCUCCUCAAGCGGAGCCUCGAGAAGAAUCCAUCACUGCGCUUGGUCCUCAUGAGCGCGACGGUGGAUGCAACUCAGUUCCUGGACUUCUUUUCUGGUCAAGGUGUUCAGGUGGAGCGAAAACCCAUCGUGGUCGGAUCGCGGCGCUUUCCCACGUACCCAUACUUUUUGGACGACCUGGUGAACGGAGCAUUACCUGGCUUCAUCCCACGAGUCCGUCUCGACAGGUUUGACAAAAUCGGAGGCCGCGUCGAGGUAAAUCCGCAGCUCUUCGAGGCCUCUGUGGGCAUCGUCCAGGCCGUGGCGAAGCCAGGUCUUUGCGUGCUGAUCUUCUUGCCCGGGCUUUCCGAGAUCGAGCAAGUCCACGAGGCCUUCACGCACUCGACCAGGCGCGACCAAUGCCCCCUGGAUUUCCACCUGCUCCACUCGGUGGUGCCCCACGAGCAGCAGAAGAAGGCGCUGCUGCCGCCGCCGGCUGGGCACUGCAAAGUCGUACUCUCCACGAACAUCGCAGAGUCAUCGAUUACCAUUCCCGAUGUGAGAUACGUCUUGGAUUUCGGCAUCGUGCGGAAGAUGGUUUUCGAUGAAGAGAGGGCCAUGCAGAGCUUGUGCAACACCUGGAGUUCGCAGGCGACCUGCCGACAGCGCCGAGGGCGUUGCGGCCGGCUGCAGGAAGGAGUCAUCGUUUAUCUGUUCCCCCGCAGCCAUUACGACCGGCUGCAACCGUAUGCCUCGCCAGAGGUUUUGGGAGUUCCUUUGGAGUCCAUCUACCUCAAGAGCCGUGUGCUGCUACACCAUCUUGGACCUCCGGAGGACUUGCUUCAGCAGCUGAUCGACUCCCCGCCACAGCAGCGGAUUGCUGCAGCCGCGCAGAACCUGCAGGACCUGGGCGCCCUGAAAGCCGAUGGUGAGGUCGCAUCCUUGGGCCGAAUCGCAGUCUUCAUGCCAACAACGAUCCAGCUCACCAAGCUCGUGGUUCUUUCUUGGGCUUUGGGAAUUCCAGGAGAUGGUGUGGUCAUAGCUGCUGCGCUGAGCACACAGGAUGUCUUCAAAAUGGCAGCUCCAGCCAACUGCCGGAAUCUUGAGGACUUUCCUGCACACCUCGCGCACAAUUACAUCACCCGGGCCCGCUUUGACGACGGACAGUUCUCGGAGCCGAUCAUGUAUAGGAACUUGUACAAGGAGUUCCUGACCGUUUCGAAGACCCAGGCGAGAGCCUACCACAACUGGCUGGACCAGAGCUGCGUUUCUGUGAGCCGUAUGAGCCAAUUCGCAGCGUUGGUGGUUGAGCUGGAUGCCAAGCUGGGUGCCGCUGUACCCAGUGCCAAGGCACAUCCCGCACUUCAAGCACUCUCCAGGCUCAAGAGAUCCCAGCAGCUGAAUCCGGAGGAGGUUGAGGGUCUCUUCACGAAGGAUUAUGUGCGCCUGAAAUUUGCCCUCGUGGGGGCAUUCCAGCCGUCCUUUGUGCAAGGUGAGAUCAACACCCAGAACAAGAACAAGGGGAAAAUCAACAACUGUGGCUUUGAUCCCAUGAGGACUUGCCUGUUGCAGCAGAUAAAACCUGCAGAGAUGGCAGAUGUCAACAACCUCUGGGAGUUCUGCCACAGCUUGGCCCCCACAAAGGAUGUGAGUCUGAAUGACACCGGCAAGAUUGCCUUCAUCGAGUGCGGCGAUGACCGGGAAGUUCAUGUUCCGCAAAGCGAUGUGGUGCAUCAAAUGCCGCUGGUCGCACAGCUCUUGCAUCAGUUGAUGCGGCAGCCCUGCAAGUUCAAGGUGCUAUCUGACCAAGGCAUCUGGCACGAAGCUUCGAAGAUUGGUUCUCCAAACUUCCUCAACGGCAUGAAGUGGCAUGUCAACGGGAUGCGGACAAUGGGCUCUCCUUACUGGCGCUCGAACAUGGGCUACAUGUGCGAGAUGCGCACCAACCUGAAGUGUCACUGGGGCGUUUGCUCGUCCUUGCUCGGAAGAGAAGGUCCCGAUCAGGUCCGAAUCACAGGGCUUACGAUCUUGCCGCCCCCGGGCACGAUGUCGGGCACUGUCAUGAUCCUCGCCUUCUUAAACGGUCCAUUCAAGGUGACCUUCCUCGGAGAUCCAGGAGGGUUUCACGGGGUGCAGGUGGUGGCUGAAGAUCAAGCAGGAGCACGGCCCAUGGUCUUAUCCUUUGCUCCUGGUUGGUGGGGUCCUCCGGAGAUGCCGCCAGCUCGGAAAAUCAGGGUCUUCGUGGUGGCCCUGGGCAUUGUGGUGAGCGAGCAGCCGGCGCCUUGCGUGUGUUUUUCCAGGGGACUGUUGAAUGACUUCCGGAUGGCCAUGGAUGAGCUGCUGGCAUCGCCGGAGCAGGAGACAGCUGACUAUGCGAAAGAGGCCUACGACAACCUGAUGCUCGCCAUAAGCCAGCAGCAGCGGCAAUGGGCAGGCACCAAGGAUGCAAACGCUUUCUUUCCAGAUGCAGACUACGACAUCCUGGCGCGUGGAGAUCGACGCACGGAGGCACGCCUCGUGCCACCACCCUGCGGCUGCUUGGAGCUUUACGAGGUCGGCGGUGAACAUGCGCAUCCGCAUCGGCACGCGAGGCCCAGUGGCUUUACGCUGGAGUCGCAAGGGGAACAGGCCACAUUCCAGGCAUCACCUGCGUGGCUGCGGUCGUUGUCUGCCCUAGCAAGGCACGACCUGGAGGGUGACCUGGACAUUCUGGCAGCCAAGUUUGAUUUGACAUCGGCGAGAUUGUCAGAAGUCAGGAAGCAUGGGCUGCCUGCCGGGCUCGCCAUUGACAUUGCUGGUGCGGCAAGCGCAGUCGAGGCUGCCCGCCGCGAGCUUGUGGAAGGUAUUCUGCAGUACUACGGCACCCAGGUGGAAUGGAGUGCAGCGGAGCUGCCGACAGAACCUGACGAGGAGCCACCGUCGAGGGAGAACUCAGCAAAGAGGGUAUGGGUCGGAGCUUCGACGCAUCGCACAAGGCCUGUAAGCGAGACCGAGGUGGCAGAACCUGCGCCCGAGCUGGAAGGGGAUGCAGAGAGCGGUGGCAUGUGGGGGGAUGCGCCACAGGCAACAGAGGAGGUAUCCUGGGGCCCUGCGGCAGGUGAAGACUCAGAAGCUGUUCCGGGGCUGCUGCAGGCCUUGCACAGCGUUGGCCUCGGAAGCGAGGCAGCACAAAUCGCUCAUUGGGCGGAGGAGAACGGUGCCGUCUCUGUGCAGGAGGUUGCAGAAAAUGCCAACCUCUUCGUGGAAGAGCUCGGCCUCGACUGGUCCAUCGCAGACAGGAUGCAAGGGCUGCGGUAA